AUGCCUCUGAAAGAUUACCUUGCAAAGAGAUUUGAACCGCUUCUCCGGCGUGUCGAGGAUAAACUCGAGCAGGGCGGCCACUUACGAAAAGCCCAGCAGCUUCGCCAAAAACAAGAAGAUUGGCGUGCCUAUCAGCCCCAACUCUGGGAGCAUUUUGAAUCCUAUUGGGUAAACGAGCGUGGCAAGCGCUGCCUUAUACAGUACGAGGCUUCCCUACGACUCAAGCAUGACACUCUGUUUCAGCAACUCAGUAAGACGCCGUCAGUAGCAGAUACCUUGGUGACAGAGAUGGAGAGUAUUCAAAAUGACCUCCAGGGCUUUAAUCGUGGUAUUUGGCUGGCGGAACUAGAGACACAAACUAUACUCAGAGCUUUUCCAGAUGGGCCCUUAAAGCGUGCUCUGUGUUGUCGUCGCCGAAACAGUGAUUGGUAUCUCACAAAAUGGCUGCAAACCGAAUGUGCAGAUAUGGGUGGAUGUUGUGGGAGAGGGUGUGGUUGUUGCAUGAAGCCUCGAAGCUCCAACCGCCCAAAUCAUCUUGGGCACUGCACAAUAGCGUGCAAGUGUUGCGAGGAUGUGAGAGGAUUUCGGAUUGAUUUUAUGGAGGCUGAAGAGGAUCCGACAGUAAUAGAGUUUGGCGUUGGGGAGGCAGACGUCAAAGGGCCGUGUGCUUCCUAUACGAAGUCUUUGAUCAACGCCUAUGUCUGGGGGCUUUGA